AUGCACGAACCAUCCCGUUUAAAUGGACAAAACCUUUGGGCCUGGAAGCAAGCAAUUUUAGGUGGCCGACCAGCAGGUCUUGGUGGUGGUGGUGGACUUUCCUUCAGACCUGCCUUUGUUACUCUUUUCGCAAACCUCACGGCUAGACCCGUCAAUUCGACGACGACGACACGGCCAACAAGCGCAAUUACGACGGCAACCACUCGACCAACGACGGCUGCCGCUGCUACUACGGCGACUGUUACGACGACUAUCACGACGAGACCACCUACCACGACGGUAGCAGUCACUACUACACGACCAACCACUUUAAAUCCCCUACAAAUAUACCCCGGUUACCCCGUCCCUCAAUAUCCUGGGUAUCCUCCACCCUACUACCCUGGGCUAAGUCACCUGAAUCACCUAAGCCACCCUGGGCUGUUUCCUGCGAUGCUACCUGCAUAUCCUCCAGGAUUGUAUGGUCAAGGUGGCAUUGGCACUUCUGCUGCGGCAGCGGCUGGUCCAGUGGGAGGAGUCGGAGGUCAGGUCGCAUUUCCAGCAGGGGGUGGACAGGUAUUAGUUGGGGGAGGACUGGGAGGUGGACAGGUAUUAGUUGGCGGAGGAGUGGGGGGUGUACAGUUACCUUCACAGUUACCUCAAACGGCACCAAUCUAUUUUCCUGGCCCUGUGCGCCCUGCUGUCAGACCUCCCUCCCUCCUGCAAAUAUUACAACAGCGACCACUUCUACUAGGGAAGUAG